CUCGUGGGAGGUUAUUGCAUCCGCUCUCUGCUCUGUGGAUGGGAUUACUGCCUGCCAUAUAUUUUCAUAACUCUUUGCCGCAGGUCACGAGAAACAAAUGAUCGAUGCGACCCGCCUGGAGACCCCAUAAUCGCUGGCCUCCACUUAUUGGUUUCAUUUGGCCCGCACUUGAGUUGGGGGCUUGGAUGAUAAGGCUGGCUCCCCGUCUAACUCCAUGGAAAAUACUAUCCCCGUCAUGAUGGAUUCAACAGAUCGCCCAACCCGGAGUGAACUCGGGGCAUCGCCUAUGGUUGUUCAGCAGUAUGCGCGAUACCCGCAGACGCUAGAGUCCUCGCUCCGCAGUGCCUCAUCAUUAGGGAGUGCGCGUAGCCAGGCGGAAGCCCACAAAUCACCUUCUUUGCAUCGCAAGGGAACCCCCCGAAGUGUACAGUCUUCUCCCAGGGGGAUGAGGUCUGCUAUUCCUGCAUCGGCUGCGCGCUCAGGGCCAUCAAUGUCACCGCCUGUGUUUGAUGCCCUGCGUCAUGCGCCGAUGAAAGAUGCAACCGACCAAGCAGAGUCCAGAGUCUUACCGCCGCGUGAUAUAACUGACGACAAUAUUGAUGACGCAUAUGUAAUGUUUAUCUUCUACUGCAACCCCAAUGUCCCCUCUUCCGUCGACAGUUCCGAGCUUCGAAAGACAUUUCGCUGUCCUCCGCGCAGCGAUGGCAAGAGCUUUAGCGUUUUCAAGUUAUACGAGUUGAUUCGAAAAUUGGACAACAAGGAGCUUAAAACAUGGAUCCAGCUGGCAAUUGAGCUAGGCGUCGAACCCCCGUCAAUGGAAAAGAAACAAAGUACACAGAAAGUCCAACAGUAUGCCGUUCGACUUAAGCGUUGGAUGCGUGCCAUGCACGUCGAUUCAUUCUUUGAGUAUUGUCUGGGGCAUCCUCAUGCAUACUACACCCAGCUACCGCCCUCCGGUCCAUUCGUGAGUGAAUCUCGUGAUGGGGUGCCAUUGGAGGAGGAUCUGGCUCUUCGAGCUCUUGUUCCUCAGUGGAAGCCCAAGAGGGGUAGGAAAAGAGCCGACGAAAGGGAGCUUGACGAGGAGAAGUCGGCCAAACGACCUUCAUUGGAUACUUCGGUAGGAGGCUUACCGCCAGGUGGCUUUCAAAAUCACUCUGUUAUUUUUCCUCAUAGCGCUAUACCUUUUAGUGCUUUCCCUGAAGAUGAUCCGUGGAUGACAGCAAACUCUUCGUUUACACAACCUGGCGCAUCAGAACAACAGGGUCAGGAUCUACGUUGGCGGCUUCCAGAACGAGAGACAUCCCCGGCAGGCUAUCCUCAGUCCGCAAUACUUCCACGAGGCCACCAGCCAGAUAUCAUCAUGUCGGCCGAGCCGCGCUCCGCUGUGACACCAUCGUCCGGAGAAAAAACUCGUGCCAAGCGCAAACAUGGCCCUGCAGUUUCGUCCGCCUGGCCAACUAGUAAUAACUCAUCCAAUGGAAAAAGUCGAGGCAGACCUCCCAAUAAACCGUCAUCUGGAUCUUUUACAACAUUUCAACUCCAACCAAGCAGAGAGUCCUCACAGAUUCCACCAGCUUCCGUUCCCCAAUCGUCCCCACUUGUUGUGGAUCAUAAUGGCACGCCAAGCACUGCGCCAACAUCAUCCUAUAAUCAAUCACCAACGCCCGCAACUCAAGGAAGGCCAGGCAAACUUCAACUGCAGGUUCCGCAGCACCUGGGGGCUCCGGUACGACUUGCAACGCCCCCAACAUUAUUAGUCAAUGGUGUCAACGGAGGAGUCAUUUCUCAGCCUACAGAAUCUCAUGGCGAGCCUCAAGUUCAUCCUCAAGCUCAUGCUCCAGCACGCCCCCAAGCCCACCCUCAGCUUCAGCCUCAAGCCCAUCCUCAAGCCCAUCCUCAAGCCCAUCCUCAAGCCCAUCCUCAGCCACACACUCAAGCUCAUCCCCAUAUUCAUCCCCACGCGUCUUACCAUGCUGACCACAGGGGUGCACUCGGCGAACCUGGUCCCGCUGUGGAUCAAGGAGUCGCAGACAAUGCUCCAAAAAUACCUUUCGACGAAAUCAUUCGCGCCCUCUCAAGUGAGCUGCUAGCAGCAAGAGUGAUGAGACCCACGCCACUAAGUCCUGAGGAGGCCCACACACUCGCUGCCAUGAUGGUAUUCAACUCAUCCGCCCAGUACUCAAAGCUACCGAUUGAGCUACAUUCCUAUCUUCUAGCAUUUAAUCUCGGCGUGGGGCACUAUUUCGGAUUUUCAGCACCCCGGCAGGUACCCAUGGUUGUUCAUGUUGAACACCCGACCCCGGAUGCCAGUGAUCAGACAUCGGGUCCAAAAGAGCCUCGAUACAGUGUCUCGUUUGAUUACAAUCCUACUGGUCACUUUUCAACCUACACGGCUAUUGGAAAUAUCAAUCCUGCGAUAGCUUUUGUCGGGCCAGCACCACAACAGCCAGCUCCACCUCCCGGUCUUCAAAGAAAGCUCUCGGAGAAUGACGAUCUAUCGAACAUUGACAUGGAGGAUGAUGAUGAUGAUGAACAUCCCGUCUCCGAUGCCACCUGGAAGCAACGAUUCAUGAAACUUCGAUCGCAAAUGCAGAAGAAGGAUCGCGCCCUAUCGCAGUACAAGCGCAAAAUCGUUGAAUCAGUCAUGGCCGAUAUAUGA